AUGAAGAGUCCUUCUUUUAUGAAGAGUUUUUUCUUUCUUUGGGAAGCUGCAUCUAUUUAUUCAUCCAUAUUCCCACAUUAUCAUCUAAACAUAUUUGGGUUCAACUAUUUUUCUUUCUUUUUCAACUUCUUCUUUAUUUCUUUGAGUUUCCUUUUUCUUUCUUUCCUUCCUUCUUUCAUUCUUCCUAUCUUUAUUUCUUUCUUUCCUUCUUUCUUUCUUUAUCAGUUUUUUUCCUUAUUUCUUUCAGUUUCUUUUUUGUCUAUUUCUUUCACUUUCUUUUCUUUCUUUCUUUCUUUCCUUUCUUUCUUUCCUUCUUUCUUUCUUUCUUUCUUCUUUCUUUCUUUCACUUUUUUCUUUCUUACAUAUGAUUCUUUUUUCUCUCUUUCUUUCAGUUUUCUUUUUGCUUUCUUUCCUUCUUUCUUUAUUUUUUCCUUCUUUCAGUUACUUUUUUUCUUUCUUUUCAGUUUUUCUUUCAGCUUCUUUUCCUUUCUUUCUUUCUUUCUUUCUUUCAAUUUCUUUUUUCUUUCUGUCAGUUUUUCAGUUUUUCUUUGUGUUUCUUCGGUGUCUUUUUUUUUUUCUUUCUUUCUUUCUUUCUUUCUCAGUUUCUUUCUAUCUGACCUUGGGUCGUAG